AUGGAAGAAAGAACACCUGCAGGAAAAACCAAGUUCUCAGCUGGAGGAACCACCUUUAUUGUGGACGACCGCUUUAGCUAUAUCAAGAAGAUAGGCCAGGGCGCUUACGGCGUUGUAGUUGCUGCAAAUGACUCAAAGGCAGGAGGAAAGGUGGGAAUCAAGAAAAUUCCAAAUGCAUUCGAAGAUCUGAUUGACGCAAAGAGAAUCCUCCGCGAAAUUAAAUUACUCGGGUUCUUUGACCAUGAGAACAUCAUCAGUCUACUCGACGUGCAGCUGCCACCAAGCAGGACUGGGUACAAUGACAUUUAUAUCGUCACAGACCUGAUGGAGACGGAUUUACAUAGAGUUGUGUAUUCAAGACAGGAUUUAUCUGAUGACCACAUCCAGUAUUUUAUGUACCAAGUCUUACGCGGGCUGCUGUAUAUGCACUCAGCAAAUGUAAUUCAUAGAGAUCUUAAACCCUCCAAUUUACUCGUCAACAAAAACUGCGACCUCAAGAUUUGCGACCUGGGCUUGGCAAGAGGCUAUGACAGAGAAACGGAAAAUCUGACCGAAUACGUCGUCACCAGGUGGUAUCGAGCCCCAGAAGUAAUUUUGAACUCAUCUAUGUAUACCAAACAAAUUGACGUUUGGAGCUGUGGGUGCGUUUUUGCUGAGCUCAUAGGAAGAGCUCCGCUGUUCCCUGGAGACGAUUACUUAGAUCAAGUCCAGCGAGUUAUUGGAGUUUUAGGCACACCGACGGCUGACGAUAUGCAUUUUAUUGGAAACCCGGCUGCAAGAAGAUUUAUCAGCAAAUUGCCGAAGAGAGAAAAAAUGAAAUGGAGCACGCUGUAUCCGAAGGCAAAUCCGGUAGCGCUGGAUUUGCUUGAUAAAAUGCUUGUUUUUAACCCCGAAAAAAGAUGGAACGUGGAGCAGUGCUUAGCCCACCCUUACUUUCAAGACCUUCAUAACGCUGAUGAAGAGCCUGUUGCAAGCGAGCCAUUUGACUGGUCUUUUGAUAAUUUUGAGCCGACCAAGGAAAUCUUGCAAAGCAUGGUCUAUGAAGAAGCGCUUAAGUUCCACCCCCAAAGAUAA